GGCGCGGCCUUUUGUCUCUCGCUGCCACCGAAGCUCCAGGUCUCGUCUAUCUGCUUUGUGUCCUCUGCUCCUAGAAGCCCAGCCUGUGUGGCCCUGCGACCUGCGGGUAUUGGGAGAGCCACAGCUAAGACGCCAGGGCCCCCUGGAAGCCUAGAAAUGGGAGCAUUGACAUUUAGAGAUGUGGCCAUAGAAUUCUCUCUGGAGGAGUGGCAAUGUCUGGACACUGAACAACAGAAUUUAUAUAGAAAUGUGAUGUUAGAUAACUACAGAAACCUGGUCUUCCUGGGUAUUGCUGUCUCAAAGCCAGACCUGAUCACCUGUCUGGAGCAAGAAAAAGAGCCUUUGAAUGUGAAGACACAUGAUAUGGUAGCCGAACCCCCAGUUAUAUGUUCUCAUAUUGCCCAAGACCUUUGGCCAGAGCAAGGCAUAAAAGAUUAUUUCCAAGAAGUCAUACUGAGACAAUAUAAAAAAUGUAGACAUGAGAAUUUAUUGUUAAGAAAAGGCUGUAAAAGUGUGGAUGAGUUUAAGAUGCGCAAAAAAGGUUAUAAUAGACAUAACCAGUCUAUUAUAACUACCCACAGCAAAAUAUUUCAGUGUGACAAAUAUGUGAAAGUCUUUCACAAAUUUUCAAAUUCAAAGAGACAUAAGAUAAGACAUCCAUCAAAGAAACCUUUCAAAUGUAAAGAAUGUGGAAAAUUAUUUUGCAUUCUUUCACACUUAGCUCAACAUAAAAAAAUUCAUACUGGAGAGAAACCCUACAAAUGUGAAAAAUGUGGCAAAGCCUUUAAUGAGUCCUCAAACUGUACUACACAUAAAAGAAUUACUGAGAAAAAACCUUACAAAUGUAAAGAAUGUGGCAAAGCCUUUAACUGGUUUUCACAUUUUACUACUCAUAAGAGAAUUCAUACUGGAGAAAAACCCUACCAAUGUGAGAAAUGUGGCAAAUCUUUUAACCAAUCCACAAACCUUACUACACAUAAAAGAAUUCAUACUGGAGAGAAACCAUAUAAAUGUGAAGAAUGUGGCAAAUCCUUUAACCAGUCCUCAAACCUUACUGAACAUAAGAAAAUUCAUACUAAAGAGCAACCAUACAAAUGCGAAAAAUGUGGCAAAGCUUUUAAGUGGUCCUCAACCCUUACUAAACAUAAAAGAAUUCAUACUGGAGAAAAACCCUACAAAUGUGAAGAAUGUGGCAAAGCUUUUAACCGAUCCUCAACCCUUAAUAGACACAAGAUAACUCAUACUGGAGAGAAACACUACAAAUAUAAAGAAUGUGGUAAAACUUUUAACCAAUCCUCAACUCUUACUACACAUAAGAUAAUUCGUACUGUAGAGAAAUUUUACAAAUGUGAAGAAUGUGGCAAAGCCUUUAGCCGGAUCUCACACCUUACUACACAUAAGAGAAUUCAUACUGGAGAGAAACCCUACAAAUGUGAAGAAUGUGGCAAAGCUUUCAACCAGUCCUCAACCCUUACUACACAUAAAAGAAUUCAUACUGGAGAGAAACCCUAUGAAUGUCAAGAAUGUGGCAAAGCUUUUAACCGGUCCUCAACCCUCACUACACAUAGGAUAAUUCAUUCUGGGGAAAAAAUCUACAAAUGUAAAGAAUGUGGCAAAGCCUUUAGGCGGUUCUCACACCUUACUAGGCAUAAGACAAUUCAUACAUAAAAUUGUAAAGACUGUGGCAAAGCUUUUAAACAAUCUUUAUACCUCACUACACGUAAGAUAAUUAAUGCUGAAGAGAAACCCUACAAAUGUGAAGAAUGUGGCAAAGCUUUUAACCAGUCCUCAAAUCUUACUAAACAUAAGAUAAUUCAUACUGGAGAAAACCUACAAAUGUGAAGAAUGUGGCAAAGUCUAACCAGUCUUCACACUUUACUACACAUAAGAUAAUUCAUACUGGAGAGAAACCCUACAAGUGUUAAGAAUUUGGCAAAGCCUUUAACAAAUCCUCAAUUCUUAACAGACAUAAGAUGAUUCGCCUGCCUGCCUGCCUUCCUUCUUUCCUUCCUUCCUUCCUUCCUUCCUUCCUUCCUUCCUUCCUUCCUUCCUUCCUUCCUUCCUUCCUUUCUUCCUUCCUUCUUUCUUUCCUUCUUUCUCUUUCCCUCUGUGGCCCAGGCUGCAACCUACUCGGCUCGCUGCUGCCCGCGCCAUGGACUGCCUGGGACUGCCGGCGCGCGCCACCGCUGCCUGCCUUUUCUCCUUUGGCUGCAGGCACGCGUUCGCCAUGUGGCCCACGCUGGUCGCCAGCUCCUGAGGCUGAGUGCUCUGCCCGCCUCAGCCUCCCGAGGUACUGGGACUGCAGACGGAGUCUCGCUCACCCAGUGCUCGGUGUUGCCCAGGCUGGAGUGCGGUGGUGUGGUCUGGCCUCGCGGCAGCCUCCGCCUCCCAGCCGCCUGCCUUGGCCUACAAGGGCGCUGGGAUUGCAGCCCCUGCCCGGCCGCCGCCCCGUCUGGAAGGUGGGGAGCAUCUCUGCCCGGCCACCCAUCGUCUGGGAAGUGAGGAGCGCCUCUGCCCGGCCGCCCACCGUCUGGGAAGUGAGGAGCGCCUCUGCCUGGCCACCCACCGUCUGGGAAGUGAGGAGCGCCUCUGCCCGGCCACCCCGUCUGGGAAGUGAGGAGCGCCUCUGCCUGGCCACCCAUGGUCUGGGAAGUGAGGAGCGCCUCUGCCCGGCCACCCAUCAUCUGGGAGGUGAGGAGCGCCUCUGCCCGGCCGCCCCAUCUGGGAGGAAGUGAGGAGGGCCUCUGCCUGGCCACCCCACCUGGGAAGAAGUGAGGAGCACCUCUGCCCGGCCACCCCAUCCGGGAAGAAGUGAGGAGCGCCUCUGCCUGGCCGCCCCGUCUGGGAAGUGAGGAGCGCCUCUGCCCGGCUGCCCCAUCCAGGAAGAAGUGAGGAGCACCUCUGCCCGGCCACCCCAUCUGGGACGUGAGGAGCGCCUCUGCCCGGCCACCCAUCGUCUGGGAAGUGAGUAGCACCUCUGCCCAGCCACCCCGUCUGGGAAGUGAGGAGAGCCCCUGCCCGGCCACCCGUCAUCUGGGAAGUGAGGAGCGCCUCUGCCCGGCCACCUAUCGUCUGGGAAGAAGUGAGGAGAGUCUCUGUCUGGCCGCCCCGUCUGGGAAGCGAGGAGCGCCUCUGCCCGGCCACACUGUGUCUGGGAAGAAGUGAGGAGCGCCUCUGCCCGGCCGCUCCAUCUGGGAGGUCUACCACGGAGGCCAGAAGCAAUGUGGGGGCUGGACGUGGUGGCUCACGCCUGUGGUCCCGGCACUCUGGGGGGCAAGGCGGGUUGAUCACUUCGGGCUGGGAGUUCGAGACCAGUCUGACCAACUUGGCGAAACAUGAAAAAUACAACAGACCAACCAACCAACUCAAUGACAACAAAACAGGUCUACCCUGGAGUCAUACUCUAAUUUUUUCUAUUUUCCUCCCUUUCUGAUCCUUUAGCCCACUUUCUUUUUCUUCCUCUUCCUUCUCCCUCUUCUUUGUCAAGUAGAGGAUUGAGUUAUUAUCACUGAUCUAUAUAAAGUCCCUCUCUCAUUUAUUUUAACUCCCACCCCCCAUUUCUAUUCCCCGACUUCCUAUGUGCAACAUUCCUAAUAUGUUUGAUAUGCAUCUUUUUGUUUGUAUGUAUUUUUAGAAAAUGUUUAUUGUUUUUGUGUGCAAAAAGAAAUUAAUAAAAAAAAAGAAAAAAAAAAGAUGAUUCAUACCAGAGAGAAACUGUACAAUCCUGAAAGUUGUAACAUUGCUUUUGACAACACCUCAAACUUUUCCAAACAUCAAAGAAAUACUGGCGAGAAAUUCUAGAAAUAUGAAGAAUGUGAC